AGCGCGCAGCACUCGCGGUCCGGGAGCCGGAGCGCGCCCCACUCGGGGAGGCUGCCUUCUUGCCGGCCGGCGGGCCGACCACAGCGGGACAGAGAUGCUGCUCCUCCGCCCGGGGCCGACGCGGGGGAGGGGCCGGGGGCGGCCGGCCGGGGCUCCCCGCUGCGGGCUCUCGCCUCCCUGGAGCCCCGCCUGGAUCUGCUGUUGGGCGCUCGCCGGCUGUCAAGCGGCCUGGGCUGGGGACCUGCCCUCUUCCUCCGGCCGCCCGCUUCCUCCUUGCCUGGAGGAAGAUUACCACUUUGAAUAUACAGAAUGUGAUAGCAGUGGUUCCAGAUGGAGAGUUGCCAUUCCGAAUUCUGCAGUGGACUGCUCUGGCCUGCCUGACCCAGUGAGAGGCAAAGAAUGCACUUUCUCCUGUGCUUCUGGGGAGUAUCUAGAAAUGAAGAAUCAGGUAUGCAGUAAGUGUGGUGAAGGCACCUACUCCUUGGGCAGUGGCAUCAAAUUUGAUGAAUGGGAUGAAUUGCCGGCAGGAUUUUCCAACGUUGCAACAUUCAUGGACACUGUGGUCGGCCCUUCUGACAGCAGGCCAGAUGGCUGUAACAACUCUUCCUGGGUCCCUCGUGGAAAUUACAUAGAGUCUAAUCGUGAUGACUGCACGGUAUCCUUGAUCUACGCUGUGCACCUCAAGAAGUCGGGCUAUGUUUUCUUUGAGUACCAGUAUGUGGACAACAACAUCUUCUUUGAGUUCUUUAUUCAAAAUGAUCAGUGCCAGGAGAUGGACACCACUGCUGACAAGUGGGUAAAACUCACCGACAGUGGAGUGUGGGGCUCUCAUUCUGUAAUGUUGAAAUCAGGCACAAACAUACUGUACUGGAGAACUACAGGCAUCCUUAUGGGUUCCAAGGCCGUCAAGCCAGUGUUGGUAAAAAAUAUCACAAUUGAAGGGGUGGCGUACACAUCGGAAUGCUUUCCAUGCAAGCCUGGCACCUUCAGCGACGAACCAGGUUCAUUCAUCUGCCAAGUGUGUCCCAGAAACACCUAUUCUGAGAAAGGAGCCAAAGAAUGCAUCAGGUGUGACGUGGACUCCCAGUUUUCAGAAGAAGGAUCCAGCAAGUGUAAGGAGCGUCCUCCCUGUACCACAAAAGACUAUUUCCAGAUCCACACUCCAUGUGAUGAGGAAGGAAAGACACAGAUAAUGUACAAGUGGAUAGAGCCCAAAAUCUGCCGGGAGGAUCUCACAGAUGCUAUUAGGUUGCCCCCUUCUGGAGAGAAGAAGGAUUGUCCACCUUGCAACCCUGGAUUUUAUAACAAUGGAUCUUCUUCUUGCCAUCCCUGCCCUCCUGGAACGUUUUCGGAUGGAACAAAGGAAUGUAGACCAUGUCCAGCAGGAACAGAGCCUGCACUUGGGUUUGAAUAUAAAUGGUGGAAUGUCCUUCCUGGCAACAUGAAAACCUCCUGCUUCAAUGUCGGGAAUUCAAAGUGUGACGGAAUGAAUGGUUGGGAGGUGGCUGGAGAUCAUAUCCAGAGUGGGGCUGGAGGUUCCGAUAAUGAUUACCUGAUCUUAAACUUGCAUAUCCCAGGAUUUAAACCACCGACAUCGAUGACGGGAGCCAUGGGCUCUGAACUGGGAAGAAUAACCUUUGUGUUUGAGACCCUCUGUUCAGCCGACUGUAUUCUGUACUUCAUGGUGGAUAUUAAUAGAAAAAGUACCAACGUGGUCGAAUCAUGGGGUGGAACCAAAGAAAAACAAGCUUACACCCACGUCAUCUUCAAGAAUGCCACAUUUACAUUUACGUGGGCAUUUCAGAGGACCAAUCAGGGUCAAGAUAAUAGACGGUUCAUCAAUGACAUGGUGAAGAUUUAUUCUAUCACUGCCGCUAAUGCAGUUGAUGGGGUGGCGUCCUCGUGCCGUGCCUGUGCCCUCGGUUCUGAACAGUUGGGCUCAUCGUGUGUCCCCUGCCCCCCAGGCCACUACAUUGAGAAAGAAACCAACCAGUGCAAGGAGUGUCCGCCUGACACCUACCUGUCCAUACAUCAGGUCUAUGGCAAGGAGGCUUGUAUUCUAUGUGGGCCUGGGAGUAGAAGCACUCAGGACCACUCAGUUUGCUACAGUGACUGCUUUUUCUACUAUGAAAAAGAAAAUCAGAGUUUGCACUAUGACUUCAGCAACCUCAGCAGUGUGGGCUCCUUAAUGAAUGGUCCCAGCUUUACCUCCAAAGGAACAAAAUACUUCCAUUUCUUCAAUAUCAGUCUAUGUGGGCAUGAGGGGAAGAAGUUGGCUCUCUGCACCAACAAUAUAACAGACUUCACAGUAAAGGAAAUGGUGGCAGGGUCAGAUGAUUACACGAACUUGGUGGGAGCAUUUGUAUGUCAGUCAACUAUUAUUCCUUCUGAAAGUAAGGGCUUCCGAGCAGCCUUAUCGUCACAAUCCAUCAUUCUGGCAGAUGUAUUUUUAGGAGUGACUGUUGAAACCACUUUGCAAAAUAUUAAUAUAAAAGAAGAUAUGUUCCCAGUUUCACCAAGCCAAAUACCAGAUGUGCAUUUCUUUUAUAAGUCUUCUACAACUACAACCUCUUGUGUUAAAGGCCGAUCAACUGCUGUGAAAAUGAGGUGUAAUCCUGCUAAACCAGGAGCUGGAACCAUUUCAGUACCCAGCAAGUGUCCAGCAGGUACCUGUGACGGAUGUACAUUCUAUUUCCUGUGGGAGAGUGCUGAAGCUUGCCCUCUGUGCACAGAGCAUGACUUCCAUGAGAUUGAGGGUGCCUGUAAGAGGGGAUUUCAGGAAACCUUAUACGUGUGGAAUGAACCUAAGUGGUGCAUUAAAGGAAUUUCUUUGCCUGAGAAAAAGUUGUCAACCUGCGAAACUGUUGACUUUUGGCUAAAAGUGGGAGCAGGUGUGGGAGCUUUUGCAGCUGUUUUGCUGGUGGCUCUAACUUGCUACUUCUGGAAGAAGAAUCAGAAACUGGAGUACAAAUAUUCCAAAUUAGUAAUGACGACAAACUCAAAAGAGUGUGAACUCCCAGCUGCAGACAGCUGUGCUAUCAUGGAAGGAGAAGAUAAUGAAGAGGAAGUUGUAUAUUCCAAUAAACAGUCGCUACUGGGAAAACUCAAAUCCUUGGCAACAAAGGACAAAGAAGACCAUUUUGAAUCUGUUCAACUGAAAUCCUCAAGAUCUCCCAAUAUAUGAAAGACAGUGCUGUAGCCUUCAGACUAAUGAACAAAGAAACCUGCUCUCUAGUUUUACAGGACCAUAGUUUAGAGCCUGUCCUAGUAUCCGGCACAUUGGUGAUGUCACAGAGGAGGGCCAUGCCGCUGAAAAGGGAAGGAGGUUGAAAUGUUAGAUUGCCUUAUAACGUAGUCAAGUGUCUUGCCAAAAAUAAGAAAGCAAAUGUUUUGAGUCUCAACUGAAGAUGAAGCUCAACUCAGGAAGAGAUGUAUCUGUAUAUACAAAUAACUCAAAACCAAGGUUAAGCCCACGAGUGCACUGCUGAUGCAUGCCAUAGAAUUAAUGGGUAACUUUCCUUCUUUAUGAAUUCUAUAUAAAAAGUGUGUUUGGAGGGCUGAUGUGAGCAUAUGCAUUGUGAUCCCAUUUAUGUCUUGUCUUUGUUUAUAUUUUGGGGAACAAUUUGAAAAAAUUUUUAAGGUACAGUUAUUUUUUCCCAUUAUUUAUUUUCCUG